AUGCCGCGUGCUCCUGCGCUCGAUACUGAGCGUGCGAGCCAACCCACUCCGCAGGCCCAUCACUAUGGCGAUGACGUUUCCUACAGACCUCGCGACGAGUACGACUACUCUCCCGAGGUUCGCUACUCCACACCCUACGACAACGACUACAACUACAACUACGAUGGCUUUCUGCAUGGUCCAGUGCCCGUCGGCAUCGGUUAUGAGAGCUUAUUCAAGGCUACAGGUAGCCAUAACAUCUGCAGUGAUGAACACGAUGGGCCGGCCCGUACGAACAUCCGCGCCAGCUCUGAUUGGUCUGAAAGGCACAGCGAGAAGGAACAAGGUAGACGGCGGGACCAAGGCGGAACAGCUCCCCAAAUGAAUGCAGUCUAUCUACAGACAGCAGUUUUCUCUCCGCCGGCUGUACCUCUGACUACUCCAGGUUUUCCUGUUCCACAUCAGCUCCCCGAGGGGCGGCAGGUUUCCCCUCCCCCGCUGCAGUGGUAUUCUGUCCCCAAGAAGCCAUCGGGGCCACAAUCGGGCUCCCAACAACCUUCCGUGCCUGCGCCGCCAGCCCAUAGCCGGUCGCGACAGCGCUCUGUCUCACGAUGCCCACCUCGUUCUCGCCAGGGUUCCGUUGCGCCCACUGUGAUCGAAUAUGAAGACGAGCACGAUCCCCUCGACUACGAGCUGGGUGACGACAGUUCCGAAGAACAGGCUGUUGUUCGUGAAAGCCGGCGGAACCGCCCCCGUGGCAAGGGUCGCUUGCCUGCGCCGAGCUACGAUAACCUUCCGGCUGGCGUGACGAGAAAUCAGUUCCGGCAUGUAUUCAUUCCGACAGUUGCUAAGUACUUUGCUAUGUCCUCUGCUGAUCCUUGGAGUUCUGCCACACCCGAAUACAUCAAGAUCAUUCAAGCUGUGUGGUCUCACGUCUUCCCGGAUAUUCAUUAUACAUUUUCGUUAGGAUCUCAAUGCAAUGUGUCUCGUCUGAUUUCCCAACGGCUCUGUGAAUGGCGCAGCAAUAUCGGUAAUGCUGCUAUCAAGGCGAUCAUGCUUAUAGAGGAGAAUAGUGACACCCUGCGUGAUGCUGCCAUGCGCCGUGAAACUGCUAAGCGUUUGACUGAGGAGAAUGUCUGGCCAUUCCUGUAUGCUGACUCUGCUUCGGAUGAUCCUGAGGAGUGGUCGGGUACGUUCGCUGCAGAUCCGAUCUUGCAUGCACUCAAGGUGCACUAUGCAUUCAUCGUGGGUCAUACUACUAUUCCGGCACUUGCAGCAUCCGUGUCCCGUUACCCUUUUAAUGCCUUGGCACUCGCUACCGCGGCUGUUGAACAUGCGCUACAUCUAUGGGGAGAGGACUAUCUGUCGGGCACAAAAUCGGAAGCCAAGCUGCCCUCCUUCAACGGUACCACGUGGGGCGAGGCGACGAAGGCAUGGCGCACGUCAAUCAAAACACUCGAUAGUUCAGCAUGGGCAUAUAUCAUUGGGAAGGCUAGUGAGAUUGAAGAUGUAGUCCGCAAGCCCGUCGUCACCUCAGAAUCGACCGCUGUCAAGAGCCGAGCCGGGGUUGUUGCACGCCCCCUUUGCCGUGGCCUUUGA